AUGCACGACCCGUUUGUCUGCUCGAACUCGAGAGCCAAGUUGGACGCCUUCAGGUACGCUCCGAAGCGCGCGGCCGAGAUGGAGGAUGAGCUACCAGAACAACCGACCCAAGAGGCAGAGGAAAUGGAACAGACAGAAAUCAAGCCGGAGGCUAGGGAGACCAGGCCAAUACCAUGUCCGGAGACGCCAGUUCACAAGAUACCGCUUGCAGACAUGAUAAGCAACACCGAAGAUGCCCUAAACAACGCGCCGGAGAAGGAGAUCACUCCGGGAGACCAUGUCUUCUGGGACCACGGCAGCUCUUUUUCACGCUCGACCCCAAAUGCCGCGAGUAAACGGCGUAACCGGAGCAUGUCGCCUAGCAGUUCGCCCUCCUAUAUUAAUAGGGAUAGAUCCUUUACCACCAUGCUCACAUCAGACAAGGUGAUAUUGACUACGCCUCAGCACGACGCCGCUGCGGACCUCUGGACUAGAUACGUAAGCAAGACAGAUGGUCUGCUGGAGUGCAAUGUGCCUCCUUCCCCGCAUACUCCGGGUCUCAGGGGUAGUGCAAGAAAAGCGGCCAGUCUGCGAAGAACGAACAGUUGUGCCAUUGACUGGCCCAAAUCGGCCACCAAAGGGAAAUGGCCCGCUGACUGGCCAGGCUCCAACAGACGGAUUCGGCAGCCCCUUACCACGGAAGAAGGCGAGCAAGGCCCCUUUGGCAACUCAAGAAUCAACAUGCUUGUUGAUAGAAUAGAGAAGUCCUUCCUAAAGAAGUCCCGCUCUAAAAGGGAGAAUACUCCUCCUCCAGCACCGCCUAGCUCUUCACCCUUGCCCGAUAAAGUAGAUGAGCAACCGUCUAAACGCAUGAGGUUUACUAUCGAGUCUCCGUCCAAACCUGCUUCCACCCGCAGAGGGCAGCCAAAUGCAUUUCCAUCGCCAAACAAGGACCUACCGUCGUCAGAUUACGGCUCUGACGACCAGGACCAAGAAUUCUUUGAGCUUGCGGCUGCCUCGACAAACGAGGCUUUCCUAAAUACACAGAAAUGCAAAGAUAUCCCUAAUACAUUACGACCCGAUACAACAAAUACCAAUUAUGAUACCUUCUCACAGCUCGCCAAGGAUAUGAGCGAUGAUUCUGACGAUUUCGAUAACGAUGAUUACGAUGGCAUGGACGAGAUUAUAGCAACAUACAAUAAGAACAACACCGUCUCUGCAACCAAUAAUGUCACAAAUACCACGACAACAAAUACCACUACCACAGCUACCACGAGGCCUCCGGUCACCCCGCAGAAAGGCCAAAUGAAGAGGAUGAUCUCCGAGGAGGGGUUUGAUAACAUCAUGGAAUUAGAUGCGUUUGAUUCCGAUGCUGGCGACAACUUUGCAUGCUUACUCUUUAUCAAGCCCAGUCAAAAUCCGCAGGCCAUUAAGCGCUAUCUUGUCCUAGAUUUAGCCGAGAAUACAUAUACCAAUAGCAAAGGCCGUAUUCAAUGGGAGAAAGUUCUGGUCGUCCGUGAGGAUAAGAAGAAGAAAACUCGCGCCAUCACGCUACGAGACUCGUGGUUUGAAUCUGCGGUCUCUAAAGACUCUUACAUCCACCUCAUAGGCACCUUUGACCGCAAUGGCCAAUGCCUCGUUGACGACUCUUCCAGUCAUGCAAUAAUAUUACAUCCAGACCAUCUCAUCUCUGCCACUGUAGUAGCUGACUCCUUCACAUGCCCUCGCCGUGCCGUUCUCCAGGACCGCGUCAAGGCCACCAGUGAUGCCAAUAAGCCUCAGGUCUAUGGUCAUAUCUUGCACGAAAUCUUCCAGGAGGCUAUGAAAGCGAAUACAUGGGACCUGCCUUGGUUAAACAACCUCAUAAAGACUGUCUUACCAAAAUACAUUGAAAGUCUGUUUGAAGUCAACCUCACUAUUAAUGACGCAACCAGCUAUCUUGAAGCCAAGAUGCCUGCCCUCAGAGAUUGGGCGAAGUUAUACGUCCAUCCUCGCCCAACGGCUGGCUCGAUGAUGGAUGAUAGGAACGGGGCUACAUCGAAGAUCUGCAUCAAUAAACUGCUUGAGGUUGAAGAACAUGUCUGGUCUCCCAUGUAUGGUCUUAAGGGAAAUAUCGAUGCUACCGUCCAGAUUGUCCUGGAGGAAGACGGAAAUCAAAAAACGCUCACGGUUCCUCUGGAGGUUAAGACGGGGAAGAAUAAUACGAACCAUUCACAUCGAGCUCAAACAGCACUGUAUUCAUUGCUCCUUUCUGACCGUUACGCAGAUAUAAAUGUAACUUUUGGCAUAUUAUAUUACUUGGAAAUAUCAAAGACACUUCGUGUUCGUGCCAUACCAGGGGAAAUCCGGCAAAUGAUUCAACAGCGAAAUUUACUUGCCGGCUAUCUUCGUCAGCAUUUAGAGCUCCCGCCCAUGCUAAAGAACUCCCGACUUUGUAGCCCUUGCUACGCAAAGACAACAUGCUUUCUAUAUCACAAACUUGUCGACGACGGCACAGAGGAAACCAGCGGUGUCGGGAAACUCUUCCAAGAGAAUUCCAGCCACAUCACAGCUCCUCACCAGACAUUUUUUAAGAAAUGGGAUGACCUCCUGACUCUUGAAGAGAAGGAGAUGUCGAAAUUCCGUCGUGAACUAUGGACUAUGGUUAGUGCUGAACGUGAGGGAGUAGGACGAUGUUUCGGUAACGUUGUUAUUGAGAACGGUUCUGCAUCCGAGAAUUCAGAAGGGCCACGAAUAAAUCGAUUCCAGUAUACAUUCGUCAAACCUAAGCCUGCCUCAGGCUUCUCGUUCACUGAAUCACAGAUCAACAUUGGCGAACCAAUUGUUGUCUCCGAUGAGCAGGGUCAUUUCGCUCUUGCAAACGGAUAUGUCGUGCAAAUCAGCCCUAGACGCAUCACGGUGGCAGUUGACAGACGGCUUCAUAAUGCUCGAAAUAAAGAGCCUGGAUUCGAUGCUGUCAACUACCAAGCUUUCCAAGGUAUUAUGGAUAUUUCUUCCAAAAACAAGAACGCCAUGGAUAUAAACCGUGAAAAUCCAAUGCUCUAUAGGCUGGACAAAGAUGAAUUCAGCAAUGGACUGGCCAUUGUUAGAAACAAUCUGGUUUCCCUCAUGGCACGAGAUGUCUUUCGAUCUGCUCGGCUUCGUGAAUUGAUUGUUGAGGGAGCUGCGCCAGUUUUCAAAUCCGGUUCACCUCUCUCACGUCUCCCAAAGACCGUGGGACCGAACCUAAAUACGGACCAGAAGAUGGCCAUUGGCAAGGUUCUAACCGCAGAGGACUAUGCAUUGGUUCUCGGGAUGCCUGGAACGGGCAAAACGACAACAAUUGCCCAAAUCAUUCGUGCCUUGGUAUCCCAGGGGAAAAGUGUCCUACUCACCUCCUAUACCCAUACGGCCGUUGAUAACAUCCUGCUCAAAAUCCGAGAUGACAAGUUUAGAAUCCUCCGUCUUGGUACACCUUCAAAGGUUCACCCUGAAGUUCAACAGUUUGCGGAAAUGGCAACAACGCCGAAGAACACCAUCGAAGAACUUGAAGAUUCAUAUGAGAAUUCAAAGAUUGUAGCGACAACAUGUCUGGGAGUCAAUCAUCGAAUCUUUAAUACCCGAACUUUUGACUACUGUAUCGUUGAUGAAGCGUCGCAGAUUACACUGCCUGUUUGCCUGGGUCCAAUUCGAAUGGCUAAAAAGUUUAUCCUCGUGGGAGACCACUAUCAACUACCACCACUUGUUCAGAGCAAACAAGCCGUUGAAGGCGGUCUUGACCUCAGCUUGUUCAAGUUGCUUUGUGACAUGCACCCUUCAUCAGUGGUGAAUCUAGAACAUCAAUAUCGCAUGUGCGAAGAUGUCAUGCUUCUAUCAAAUACCCUGAUAUACUCCAACCGUCUCAAAUGUGGAACGCCAGCCAUCGCGACACGCUCCCUCUCUAUUCCAAACAUUGACGGCCUAAAACGUAUCCAUUCGACUUCUUUUCCGCCGUCUUCUACCCAAUCGCCCUGUCUGGGUUCCAGUCACAGCCGAUGCUGGCUCCGAGACCUCAUCGACCCUCGUGCAAAAGCACGUUUUGUUAACACCGACCCUCUUCGUCCCGAGGCCCUGGACUCCGCUAAGGGCUCUCGCAUAAUUAACGAGGUAGAAGCUACACUUUGCGCACAGCUUGUCGAAGCAUUCAUUUCCGUCGGCAUUGCUGCACAGGAUAUUGGUGUUGUUACACUCUACCGAAGCCAGCUCUCCCUCUUGAAACAAAAGCUCCGUCAUCACGGCGCUGAUCUUGAAAUGCAUACUGCAGACCGUUUCCAGGGCCGAGACAAAGAAGUAAUCAUCAUGAGCUGCGUCCGUAGCAAUUCGGACAGGAAUGUAGGCGACUUACUACGCGAUUGGCGUCGAGUCAAUGUCGCAUUUACCCGAGCCAGAACCAAAAUGCUCAUAGUGGGCAGCAAGGCUACGCUUAGUGAGGGAAACGAGCUCUUGGGAAAAUUCACAGCACUAAUGGACGAACAUCAAUGGCGGUAUGAUCUACCACCCAAUGCGGUCAAUCAACAUUCCUUUGCAGAGCAUGAUUCACUCUUCACCCAAGCAAUGAACUCCCGAACUCCAAAAGCAAACAAAACCACGAAUAUACUUUCUCCCAGUCCGGCAAAGAAAGAACCUCAACCUCGACUCCCGCUUAGCCCCCUGAAGAAUAAAGUAAACACCUUCCCUAGAUCUGCAUUAAACGUGAAAAAGCCGCAGAAAGUGGGAAAGCCAUUGGAUGGAGGGAAAAUUAUCAGGAAAAGGCCGGUGCUGAUGGACGUUCUUAAUGAUAUGCUUGGAUGA